GAGAUAUGAGGACAUCUGGAUCAGAGUGCACCAUGAUCAGAGACAGACGUGUUUGUCAGCAUGGAGGUUCUCCGGGUUCUGCUGGUUCUGCUGGUUUCUGUGGAGUGUUCAGAGUGUGUGCGGUGUUUCCAGCAUUUCGACCUGACCACAGGUUUGUGUGACAGCGAGCUCGGUGACGUGGACGAAGAGAGCUGCUGUCAAAACCCAAAGUACGGUUACCAGGCAACAGACGGAGUGUGUCGGUCCUGUGGCUCUCCCAUCUGGUCUGAGUGGACUCCGUGGUCUCUGUGUUCUGUAACGUGUGAUGACGGCGUGAUGCAGAGACGGAGAACGUGUUACGGGACCCGAAAAUCACAGUGUGACAAACCAGAACACACACUGGAGACAACACGCUGCAACAACACCUGCUGCGACGGUAGGGGGUGGGGCCAGUGGCUCUCCUGGUCGUCCUGCUCAGUGAGCUGUGGAGAGGGCGGAGUCAAGAGGAGACAGAGAGUCUGCUCUGUGGCUGCUGAGUGUCAACUCGCAUGCGGAGGACAAUCAGAAGAGACAGAGACAUGUCCCACUACCACGUGUCCAGUCCAUGGGGGCUGGUCCAGCUGGUCCGAGUGGUCUCAGUGUAGCGGUACCUGUAAUGAUGACCAGAAUGUUAAUGUCCCUGUCCCGGUCAGACAGCGGCAGCGUGAGUGCACUAGCCCUGCCCCCUCCAGAGACACGUCACCGCCAGGCAACAACUGUCCUGGAGACAAGAAACAGGUUCAGGACUGCGGCUUCCUCCCCAACUGUCCAGUGGCCGGCGCCUGGGGGGCGUGGUCUCCGGCUGGCCAGUGCUCCGUGACCUGUGGGGAGGGGCUCCAGCUGUCCAUUAGGAGGUGUGAUAGCCCCGCCCCCAAAUAUGGAGGUCAGAUGUGUCCAGGACAGAGCACGAUGAGCCAGGUCUGUCAGAGUCCCUGUCCAGUGGAUGGGUUCUGGUCUGGUUGGACCAGUUGGAGCGACUGCUCCGAAGUCUGUCAACAAAAAGAUAACCUUUCUGGCAGGAUUCGCCAGCGCACCUGCUCUAACCCCGCCCCCUCAGUCUCGCCGCCCGGCAACAGCUGCCAUGGUGACAACACAGAAGCAGACAUCUGCGACGUGCCUCACUGUCCAGUGGACGGAGCUUGGGGCCCAUGGUCUCCGUUCUCGUCCUGUUCAGUCUCCUGCAGUGUGGGGCUCAUGGUGUCAGACAGGAGAUGUAAUAGCCCCGCCCCCAAUUAUGGCGGCCAACCCUGUCCUGGAGACGGACGUAAAACCCAGAUCUGUGAGACGGGCGUCCCCUGUCCAGUGGACGGCGUGUGGUCGGAGUGGUCGUUGUGGCAGCAGUGUCUCUAUCGAAACCCACAAACGAAAAUUAACUGCCGACAUCUCGCCGGCAGUCAGACUCGAGAUCGAUUUUGUCUCCAUCGAGACUUCAACGGAUCGAUCUGCAACGGAGAACUGAGGGAGAGACGAGUCUGCUACGACGUGGAUAAGUGUCGCUUGGAGGGGACCUGGAGCUGGGAGCCGUGGAGGAUGUGCAGGGAGAACUGUGGAACAGGAAGGACUACACGUGCCCGGAGGAUGCGCUGUGAGGCAGACUACAGCAGCUACAGACAGAGCAUUAGUGGCCAAAAUGUGACGUUCUUUGGGAAUCCUGACUGCGGCAAUGCGCCCAGGCCACAAGUUGAGCAUUGCAACAACCUUCCGGCCUGCACCUGACGGCUGACGAGCUCAGUCAGAUGUUGUUGAACACGUUGAAUGAUGUCAUAUUAUUUCAUAUUGUUGUUUCUUAAAUAUAGUUCUAAUAAUAAAAAAUAAUAAAACAG